UAGAAGGAGUAGAAAAUCCAGGUUUUCAAACGAACAAACUUACUUUGCAAUCUACGAAAAGAAUCUUCAUAGUCUAUUAAAUUUGUUAACUGCACUGUCUAACCAUCCAAGAUCAAAGCUGUCCCAUAAUUCUUGCCUCCUCCUCCUCCUCCUUUUUUCUGAGUUGUGGUUUUGGAAAACCAAAAUGGCAGCAGAGGCUAUUCUGGGUAUGAUUGCCCAGAAAGCCGCAGACAUAGUUGUUAAUCAACUCAUCAAAGAAAGUUCUUGCUUGUCUCAUGUGAAAGAAGACCUCCUUUGGAUUGAAACUGAGAUGAGACGGAUUCAAUCCUACUUAGAAGAUGCUGAAGCCAUGCUUCCGAAAACAAAACGAGUAUCCAACUUCAUAAGGGAUAUCUGGGACCUUGCUUAUGAUGUCGAGGACAUUAUCGACACAUACUUUCCCAAAAUGAGAUCAAGAAGGAGCCGUUGGGAGGGGCUUCUUGGGUGCAGCAACUUGACAACUGCCCGUCGCUUUGCUAAAGAUGUUGAAGGCAUCAAGAAAAGGGUGGAUGACAUCACAAAGGCCAGAGAAACUUUUAAAAUUGAUGAAAGCCGCCGUACCCGAGAAGUAGAUACAUGGGAUCCAAGACGAACUUUCCCUCACGUUGAUGAACCAAAUGUUGUUGGUUUCGACGAUCUAAUCAAAGAUUUGGCGCAAAAAGUCCUCGGCGGGGAUUUACAUCAUCGCAUGGUGUCUAUUAUUGGCAAUGCUGGUCUGGGAAAGACGACUCUUGCCAGGAAAGUUUACAACUCUGUUCGACAGCAUUUUCGCCGCUCAGCAUGGAUUUGUGUUUCUCAACAGCCAAACUAUAAAGAGCUUUUGCGAGACGUAGCCAGACAGGUGGGCUUGGAGGAGGAGAAGAUAGAGCAGGAUGUUGAGGCCAACCUGUUUGCAUUCUUAAGCAGAAAAAGGUACGUGAUAGUGAUAGAUGAUAUUUGGCAUACCAAGGCAUGGGAUGCUUUAAAGGUUGGCCUUCCUACGAAUUCCGAGAAUGGGAGUCGAACAAUACUCACUUCUCGGAUUACAGACGUAGGUGUACACGCAGGUGGGGUGAACUCUAUUCUUGAGUUGAAACCCCUAGAACCUGAAACCAGUAGGGAACUAUUUUAUAAAACAAUUGUAUUUGAUACCCAAAACACUAUCAAAAUACAAGAUUCCCCGCAACUAGAGCACAUCGGCGAGCAAAUAUUGGAAAGAUGUGGUGGCGUGCCGCUAGCAAUUGUACUAGCGGCAGGUAUGCUAAAAUUAAAAGGGAGAUCCGAAAUCGCAUGGAAAAGGGUAUUAGAGGGCUUCCAGGGAAUGGGUCAAGAUAAAGACGAAUGGCCCGAUAUCUUUGCCUUGAGUUACAUUGAUUUGCCUCUAUAUCUCAAACCAUGCUUUCUAUACUUGGGACUUUUUCCAGAGGAUAGUGAAAUCAGGACGUUCGAGUUGAUUAAUUUAUGGGCUGCCGAGGGGUUUAUUAGAGGUAGUGGAGUGAGAGAGGUUGAGGAAGUGGGAGAUGACUACCUAAACCACUUGAUAGCGAGGAACCUGAUUCAAGUUGUUCGAAGGAGGUUCGACGGAAGGGUUAGAGUUGUCCGAAUUCAUGAUAUGUUGCAUAGUCUUUGCGUCAGGGAGGCUAAUGAGAUUAAUUUUUUUAACAUUCAUACGGAUGCGACGACAAAUUGUAACGCUACCUUGAAGUUACGUAGAGUCGCUAUCCAUGAUGGUGACAAUGGCCACUACCUUUAUUUAAAUCCGCAAACUUCCCAUGUUCGUGCUAUGUUGUGUUUUCUUCGUAAAACCGAAUGGAACAAAAGUGUUACUAAGAAUCUUCUCUCGGACUCCAAAUUUCUUCGAGUGCUUAGAAUUGAUGACGAUUAUAUGCCAAGGUCCCUUUUAACUGAGAUUUGCAAUUUAAGGCAAUUGACUUACCUUAAAUUGAGUUCGGUGAAUUUGGUAAGUGUAGAACUUCCUUAUGCCAUAAGCAAUCUGAAAAGUUUGCUAACUUUGGAUCUUCGAGGAUUAUGGUGUAUCUACCUUCCUGAUAAUAUUUGGAGUAUGAAUCAAUUAAGACACAUUUUCUUACCCGAUCUAUGCUAUCAUCUUCCAAUCCAUCGUCGGGUAAAUUGCUUGAAUUUGUCCCAUCCAGUUGAAUUUUCUUUGACAAAUCUCCAGACCCUAUAUGGGUUGCCUGGUGACAUUUUCAAGGCAGAUUGGUUGCAUAACUUUACCAAUUUGAGAACCUUGCGAGUCUAUAACCCGACCAAAGAUAUCAUGGAGGUAUUAAUUAUGGAUGUGACACCUGUAUCACACAAGCUUGAAACGUUGAGGUUGACCUCAUAUUCGGUGGAAGAAUGGGAAACUAAUUCUAUGAAUUUGUCUCGAUAUGAGAAUCUACGUAAGCUACAUUUGGAGGGUAUAAUGAUGAGGAAGUUGCCCCAACAUGACAAACUGCCCCCAAACCUCACCAAGAUUACCCUUGAGUGGAUUUGUUUGGAGAAGGACCCAAUGGAGACCCUAAAGAAACUACAAAAACUAAAGAUCCUCAAAUUGGGCUUCUUUUCAUACAUGGGGAAGAAACUAGUUUGCUCUGGAGAAUCUGGUAACUUCCCUCAACUCGAAGUAUUGGAAGUUGAAGGCUUGGACAAGUUGAAGUUGGUGGUAGUUGAGGAAGGAGGAAUGCCAAGACUCAAGGAUUUCCAGAUCAUCCAUUGCUAUCCAGAAACACGAAUCCCUGAUGGAAUGAGAAACAUAAUGAGGACUACCAUAUAGUUGGAUUCGAUCGAAAAAUACUAAGGGUGACAUAAUAAUUCACAUGUUGAAUAUAAAGGCUCUUGAUUCUUAUCUGGGACCUGUUUGUUCAACAACGUUGUUCUGCUCUUGUUAUUUGUGUGAUGUAUUCGAUUGUUGUUUGGUUGAUUUGUCCUAACAAGGAGUGUGUGUAUAUAUAUGGCUUUGUAAUUUUAAUUUUAAUACUUCUGUUGUGGUUUGAACUAAUUAUCAGUAUCCAAUAAAUUGUGUAUUUGUGUGUGCU